AUGAGCGGCCAAAGCAUUUUCCAGUCUCAUCAAUGGCGGACGCUUCUCAAUCGCCCUUUGUGUGUCUUUGCACGUCCUGAUGUGACUGUCUUUCUGUGUCCAGAUGUGUGUGUGUGUGGGAAGAUUAGGACAAAGGCACAUUAUGGACAUGUGGUGUGUGUGUACGCCUCAUCCUUAUGUGGUUUGCGUGUCGAGUGGAUUGUAGCAGAAGACGACGACAUGUCGCCACGCGCAGAUCCAGUCCUGGUCCUGAUGAUCUUAAUGGCCUUGGUACACGCAAGUGGCGCUCUCCGCUGCUACAAGUGCUCCGACUACACCGGCCGCUGCGAGAACGUCCACGAAUGCACGUACGAGGAUGCCUGCCUCACGCUCAGCGUCCAAGGUGGCAAGACGUUGCGUCAGUGCAUCCGCUACACGGAUUGCGACAACUCGCGCCUGUCUCAGAUGUUCCCAGCCAUGUCGCCCUUUUCCUACCGCUGCUGCAACAACAACCUGUGCAACUCCAGCGGGGCGCCGGCCGCGACCCCGCUGGGCUCGCCGCUGCUGAUCGGCUGGCUGCUGAGCGCGCUCGUCUUCUGGCUGUGAGGUCACGUGACCUCUGGCUGCUCAACAAUAAAAACAAAAACAAAG